AUGGAAUCUUUGUUGUCCAAAUUUACCUGUUUGCAUUGUCUUCUUUUGCUAUUACUCAAUGCUACUCACUGUUUUUCAUAUGUGCAGACUCAGGCACAGACACUUUGCCAUUCUGACGAGCAUUCCUUCUUGUUACAAUUCAAGGAAAGCUUUACGAUAGACAAGUCAGCUUCUGGAUCUCCUUUUGCUUAUCCGAAGGUAGCAUCUUGGGCUCGAGAAGGAGAUCAAAAUCAGAGUAACUGUUGUUCGUGGGAUGGUGUUAAGUGCCAUGCAGAGUCUGGCCGUGUCAUUGGCCUUGACCUCAAGAGCAGCUGUCUCUAUGGUUCUAUCAAUUCCAACAGCACCCUCUUCCGACUUGUUCACUUGCAGAUGCUUGACCUCUCAGAUAACAACUUCAAUUCAUCUGAAAUACCAUCGAGAUUGGGCCAUGACCUUUCGAGUCUAUCCUAUCUCAACCUUUCACUGUCUGCAUUUUCUGGCCAAAUUCCAUCUGAAAUUUCAAAGCUAUCCAAACUGUCUACCCUUGAUCUAUCUCAAAAUAAUGGUUUGGAGCUUAGGAAGUCCAACAUGAGAAUCCUAGUCCAAAACUUGACCAACAUAAAACAACUUCAUCUUAGUGAUGUAGGGAUAUACUCCACUGUGCCUGAUAUCUGGGUCAAUGCAUCUUCUCUCACAUCUCUCCAUCUAAGCUACUGUGGGUUGUAUGGGGAAUUCCCAGUAGGCAUUUUCCACCUACCAAACCUAGAGAAGCUUAGUUUAUACUCGAACACAAAGCUAAAUGGCCAAUUCUUAGUCCCUGAUUCCUUGUCGUGUUUUGGAAAAUUAACCAAGCUCAACUACUUGGGUCUUUCGGAUAAUAACUUGCAGGGAAAUUUCCCACGUUUUGUGGCUAACCUGACCCAACUCGCGUUCCUAUAUUUGUCUAACAAUUCAUUAACUGGUGAAAUCCCUAAAUCGCUUUUCCACCUCAGAAAUCUUGAACGUCUGAACCUCGCCUCCAACGAUUUGCAAGGAGAAUUUCCUAAGUCGCUUUUCCACCUCAGAAAUCUUGAACUUCUUGGCCUUUCCGGUAAUAAUUUGAGUGGAGUAGUUGAGUUUGAUGAGUUUUCCAACCUCAAAAAGUUGAAGGCACUUGGUUUAUCAGGCAACAGGUUAUCUGUGCGUGUCAAAUCUGGUUCGAGUGCUACUCUUCCAAAGUUCGAAAUUCUAAAGUUGGCUGAAUACAACUUGACAGAGUUUCCAGAAUUUUUGAAAAAUCAAUAUGAAUUGGGAGCCCUAAGCCUUUAUAGUAACAACAUUCAUGGCCAAAUACCAAAAUGGCUUUGGAAUGCAACUAGAGAAACUUUGGUCAAUCUCAACCUCGGCUCUAACUUCUUAACAGGCUUUGAGGAGAAUCCAAUCACUCUUCCAUGGAAAAAUCUACAACUGUUUCAUCUUUCUAAUAAUCAGUUACAAGGGUCAUUGCCAAUUCCAUCACAAUCUAUCACAAUUUACCUGGUUAACGACAAUAAUUAUAGUGGAGAAGUUUCACCAUUGUUCUGCAACUUAAAUUAUCUUCAAGUUCUUGAUUUGAGCAACAACAACCUGAGUGGCAUGCUUCCACAGUGUUUGGGGAAGUCCAGUAGCUUGGAAAUACUGCAUUUGAUGUUUAAUUCUUUCCACGGUGAUAUUCCUCCAUUUUGUGCUAACAAAAAUAGUUUGAAAUUUGUUGGGUUGGGUUACAAUCAGUUAUAG